GCAGAGCAGAGUUGCAGUCAUGCUUGUGGACACCGUCUUCCUUGUGUGUCCUCUGGUUUUUGCUGCAGCCUUAUGGAGGGCAGUCCAGGCUGUCUCACCUGUGCCCUCAGUACCCGACAGAGUCCAAGCACUGGCGGGGUCCUGCAUCGUGAUUCCCUGCUCUUUCACUCCUCCAGCUUCUCACCCUCUCAGGGGGAGGAAGGAGAGGGUGGACGUCCGGCUGAGGUUCAGAGGUGGCGGUCGCUUCUUUCCUCUCCGCAGCACUGCUUAUAACAGCGAGGACAGAGACCAAGUGAGCAGAGAUUUCCAAGGCCGGACGUCCCUCUUCGGGCGGAUUGCAGACGGAGACUGCUCGAUGAAGAUUGAAAGGAUCAGUGAGGAUGAUUCUCGGGUUUUUGAGAUAGCUCUGAAGAGAGGAGAGGAUUUACUGUGGGGGACACCAAGGAGCUUUACUCUGGACGUUGCAGAGUCUCCUGAGCCUCCAGUUAUCAGCGGCGUGCUGUCAGCCACAGAGGGACAGCUGGUCACCCUGAACUGCUCCGUCAGCUAUCACUGCCCCUCCAGGCCUCCUGUGCUGCAGUGGAGGUGGGAGAGAGGAGCUCAGCUGUACAGCACCGAGCAUGGAGAGGUACAGACGUUCCACCCAGAGCCCGACAGGCUGCUGUUGUUGGCCUCUUUGUCAUUCACAGUGUCCCACGAGGUGAAACCAAAACUCAGAUGUGAGGUCACUUACUCGGGAGCAAAAACACUGGCCACUUCUCAGGAACUGCAUGUCACAUUUCCUCCAAAAGAUGUUGAAGUUCAAGUCCAGUCCCUGAGGGUGCACGAGGGGGGCAAUGCCUUGUUGGCCUGCUCAUGCAAAGCUGACCCUCCAGCAUCUGAGUAUCGCUGGUCCUACACCCAACACGGCAACACGGUGCAUCUCCACCAGCGCACACAAACGGUGCGGGUGUUCAACGUGACCCGAGACAUGAAAGUCCGUUGCUCAGCAAAGAACCUGAUUGGCCGAGGAGAUUCAAAGUCCACGGCACUGAACAUACAAUAUAAACCCGUCAUCCUGCGGCUCUCCUCCACCUGUGUCGCCGAGGAUUCGGAGGUGGUGUGCCACUGUUCAGUCGACUCCAACCCAAAGCCUGCUGUCACCUGGAGCGUGAACGGGACAGUCCCUCCUCAGGAUUACAAUAUGUCAGUGUCAUCUGAGCCCAGUGUGCUUACAGCUACUCUGAGGGGCAGCAUGGAGAAACCUCAGACAGUGAUCUGCUUUGCUUUCAACGCACUGGGGAAUGACUCCCUGCUAUUGCUGCAGGGAGGAGAAGAGACAGUUCCUUGGUUGUGGUUGCUGAUACCUGCUGUGGCCGUCUGCUUCGUCAUAUUCCUUCUCUCUCUUUGUUUCUACUGCUGCAGGAAGAGAGCUGGAAACUGUUCUGCUCCUCAUAGACAUGUCCUGAGUAGACGCCCAGCAGUGUAUCCUGGGGGAAUUUAUCAAGACCGGAUGCCCCUCUAUAUUAACUGCACAGAAGUGACUCAUAUCUACAGCAAUGGAAGCUACCAGCUUGUUUACCAGAAUUGCACACCUCUGUUUGUCCAUUCAAAACAGAUGCAUCCUAUUGCCAGAAGAGGUGGAGAAAGAAGAAGAGGGGGAGAAGUUGGAGUAAUAGAAAGACGAGCAGGUGUUGGAUUCAGAGGCACAAGGGAGGUUCAGGGUACGGCUGUGACCGAUGCAGAGUCGGCCAUCUACUUGGAGAUCCUCUAAGCUCCUCAUCAGAAGCUUAACUUCAGCUUUACUGUUAAAUGUAACUUUCAGUUAUUGUAUAUAUUCGCCACUUGUGUCGAAAUGCUACUAGCAUUUCACGUAGCACGGGAUCUCCUGAAUGGCAAGUGGUGAUCUGUCUCUCUCAUAAUCUCCGUAUCGACGAGUUUCUGUCUGUAUAAGUGUUGUCAUGUGAAUUACUGCCUUUGUGGGGUUUUUUUAAAUACAGUCUACAAAAGAUGAA